GGUGGUGACACACCAGUGCCGUAUGUAGGUCGGUAUGUGACUGUGUACAACUAUAGAAACAACCCAAAACGAUACAGCUGGUAUAGUAAUGACGCUAUUCUGAUAUUGUGUGAGGUACAGGUGUUUGGAUGUCAAGCAGGGAAAUACGGUGACGGACACUGUAACUAUCUGUGUCCACCAGCGUGUUAUGGCGGUAACUGUAACUCCACAACAGCUGCCUGUUUCUAUUGCUUUGCAGGAAAAUAUGACAUCUACUGUAACUCGGAUUGUCCCUCGAAUUGUAAAAACAGUCUUUGCACGAAGGACGCUGGAUCCUGUUUAGAGUGCAUUCCUGGAAAGUACGGAAACUCAUGUGAUCAGGUCUGUCCUGUAAAUUGCAAGGAUAUGUUGUGUGAAAAAUCCACGGGAAACUGUAUUGACUGUUUUCCUGGAAAGUACGAUCCUAUUUGUGAACAGAACUGUCCAGGAAAUUGUAAGGACAUGCUGUGUGAACGAGACACAGGAUCCUGUAAAGAAUGCAAACCAGGAUUUUUCGAAGCUAAUUGUUCGAAACAAUGUCAUUGCAAGGAUGCUGGAUGUAAUUAUAUGACAGGAAGCUGCUCGCCAUCCGGAUGUUUGCCGGGCUGGAGAGGAAAUACAUGUAGCGAAAGUUGUGGUACAGGGAGUUUUGGUGAAACAUGUUCCUUGGCUUGUCCCGUGACGUGUAAAGACUUCGUAUGUCAUCAUGAAACCGGUCAUUGCUUAGAUUGCUAUCCUGGAAAGUACGGAGUGGUGUGUGGAGCUGAUUGUCCGGGCAAGUGUACGGACAACAUCUGUAAUAAGGACGAUGGACACUGUCUUUCCACUGAAUCACCUAACACAAGCGAGUCCUCAGUCGAUUCUAAAAUGACUAUAAUAGCUGUUUUGGCUGUUGUUUGUGGACUGCUUGUAGCUGCAUUGAUCGCCUUAGCGAUAUGCCAUCUUCGAAAAAGACAAAACAGAAAGAAGUCGAUAGAUGAGGCGACAGAACAAUCCGUCCCGGACACUGGAUAUACAUCUAUUACUCAUCGUCCAGAGGAGACCUCCCACGUCUAUGAAAUGGUGGUCACCUAAUACACAGACAGAAUUCAUCAAGUGAAUUCCAAUCAUUUAAUAUCGCUAGUGUACAACUGAUCAAUUAUAAUAACAGAAAGAAAUACAGACCCUACAAUUGCAUUUAAACAAAAGAUACCCGAAGGCACAUUUUAACAUACUCCAUAUUGAAAGGCAUGAUAUGGGUUUAUACAAUUUGAUAGACAUGUUAAUUGAUUAACAUCUGUUCCGAUUCACUUGUGUUUAUCCUAUUAUUGUGAAAUUGAUAUAAAAAUAGUUUUCGGACUUAAAAAGGCGAAGCUAAUAGAAGCAUGACAAUUGUAUAAUACAAAAGUUUUUUAUUCUUAUUGUUUUCCAUGAGAAUAUAAUUACGCCUUCACUGAUAUAAAACAUGUUAUAUGUCUAUUAUUGAUUUCUUGCAUUUCUACGUGUGCAUUGGGUGGGAGUUUCGGGGAGGGGUGUAAGUUCAUAUUGGCUCUGUAUGAAUUGAUCAGAUGUACAUUUUUUAAACAGGAAAACAGUCUUAAAAUAAAAUAAUAUUUUACGCACGUUAAGUUAGAAAGUUGAUGAAUAACCUUCGAUAUUGUAUCGUGUUUGUUUUAUAAUAUUAUUACAAUCAAUAUCGAUAUAUAGCGGUUCAUGCGUGACUUUUCAUUUUUGUGUGUGCAAGAGUGUUUGCAAGUUUUGGUUUAGAUGUAUGUAAGCGAUUUUAUUGUGCUCACAUAUAGUGCGUGUACAUGUAUGUAUGUUCACUCCCGUUUGUCUGAAUUUAGAUACAUUUUUUUGUAAUAUAAUAUUCUUCUUGUAUACUAAUGAUUAGAUGAUUAGAACCACGGACAGUGACCGGGUGAAAUGUUUCCUCUCAUCCUCA